AUAAGGGCUCAGAAUUUAGAAGAGAUUGUGAGAGACUGAUGAAAAGGCAUGAUGUAAAAAUUCAGAAGGCUAAUUCUAAACGUAGUAUAGGUAUUGUUAAAAGAUAUAACCGAACCUUGGCAGAGAGAUUAUUUCGAAUACAAGAUGUGUUAGAUUUGCUAUUGCCAAUAUCUGAAAAGUCUAAAGUUUGGGUGAAGAAUCUUCCAAUUAUUGUUAAAGAACUUAAUAAUUCUGUAACUCAACUUUUUAAAAUGACUUCUGCAAAAGCUAUUCAAAAGAAAUAG